CGCUCGGCGCCCGCUUGCUCCGCCGCCGCGGCUCAGCCCGGACGUCCGCAGCCCAGGGAGCCAGGUGGCGGCGCCCUGUGCCCGGGGCGCGUCGGGCCGCUCCUCGCCGCGGGCCGCCCGGGGGCGUGCGGGCGCCGAGGGCGCCUAGGCUCCGGGCACUGCGGGGUUGCGGGCUCGGCGCCCCUGGGAGGCGGGCGCGUGGCCGCCGGAGCGGCCGCCCCAGCUGGCCGCGAUCGCGGGAUUUAUAAGCUGGAGACGAGGGUCGCUAGAGCCCAGGGAUGGCAGAGUUUGUGACACUUGGGCAGAAGCUGCAGCUGCAGGGUCCGGGCCGGAGUUAAGUGAUGGUGUCAUCUGAGCACCUGCUGAAAACCAGGCAGGAGGAAGAGUAGCCCCGGCAGAGCGCAGGCUGCUGCCGGAUGCAGGGAUGACGCCUCCGCCGGCCCCGGCCUCCCUCCCGCCUGGGUGCUAGGAGCCGUCCCUGGGCUCCAGCCGGGAGCCCUGCCGCCCAGGGGCAUGGCCAAACCUUUCUUCCGACUGCAGAAGUUUCUCCGCCGGACGCAGUUCCUGCUCUUCUUCCUCACAGCCGCCUACCUGAUGACCGGCAGCCUCCUGCUGCUGCAGCGGGCCCGCGUGGGCCUCCCGCCGGGCCCCCGCGCCCCCGGCCCCCUGCAGGCCCUGCCCGUGGCCGCCGUGGCGCUGGGCGUGGGCCUGCUGGACAGCAGAGCCCUGCACGACCCCCGGGUCAGCCCAGAGCUGCUGCUCGGCGUGGACGUGCUGCGGGGCCCCCUGGCCCGGCCCCGGCCCGGCCCCCGCUGGCUCCGCAGCCGCAACUCAGAGCUGCGCCAGCUGCGGCGCCGCUGGUUCCACCACUUCAUGGGGGACCCCCGGGGGCCGCCCGCCCUGGGCCCCGAGGCCCCCAGGCCAGCCGCCAGCAGCCAAGGCACAUACAUGGGAUGCUUCAGUGACGACGGCCAGGAGAGAACUCUGAAGGGGGCUGUGUUUUUUGACUUGAGAAAGAUGACCGUCUCCCACUGCCAGAAUGCGUGCGCUGAGCGGUCCUACGUCUAUGCCGGCUUGGAGGCCGGGGCCGAAUGCUACUGUGGAAACCGGCUCCCAGCAGUGAGCAUGGGGCCAGAAGAGUGUAACCACGAGUGCAAAGGGGAGAAGAGCUCCGUGUGCGGGGGCGUGGGCCGUCUCUCCGUGUACCGCGUAGAGCAGCUGCAGCCCGGCUCCAGGAAGCGAAGGACCGUCACGUACCGGGGCUGCUUCCGACUGCUGGAGAACGUCACACACGCCUUCCCCGACUCCCUGGUACAGGCCAACGUAACUGUGGAGACGUGUUCGGGAUUUUGUUCCCAGAAAGAGUUCCCCUUGGCCAUCCUCAGGGGCUGGGAGUGCUACUGUGCUUACCCCACGCCCCAGUUCAACUUGCGGGAUGCUGUGGACAGCUCGCUGUGUGGCCAGGAGUCUGAGGCCCGAAGGCUAGCGGAGUACUGCGAGGUCUACCAGACGCCCGUGCAGGAUACCCGGUGCACGGACCGGAGGUUCCUGCCCACCAAAUCCAAAGUGUUCGUGGCUCUGUCGAGCUUCCCGGGAGCCGGGAACACAUGGGCGCGGCACCUCAUCGAGCACGCCACCGGCUUCUACACAGGGAGCUACUACUUUGACGGCACUCUCUACAACAAAGGGUUCAAGGGCGAGAAGGACCACUGGAGGAGCCGGCGCACCAUCUGCGUGAAGACCCACGAGAGCGGCAGGAGGGAGAUUGAGAUGUUCGACUCGGCCAUCCUGCUGAUCCGGAACCCGUACAGGUCCCUGGUGGCCGAGUUCAACAGGAAAUGCGCCGGGCACCUGGGCUACGCAGCUGACCGCAACUGGAAGAGCAAAGAGUGGCCGGACUUUGUCAACAGCUACGCGUCAUGGUGGUCCUCGCACGUGCUGGACUGGCUCAAGUACGGCAAGCGGCUGCUGGUGGUUCACUACGAGGAGCUGCGGCGCAGCCUGGUGCCCACGCUGCGGGAGGUGGUGGCCUUCCUCAACGUGUCCGUGAGCGAGGAGCGCCUGCUCUGCGUGGAGAACAACAAGGAGGGCAGCUUCCGGCGGCGCGGCCGGCGCCCGCACGACCUCGAGCCCUUCACCCCCGCGAUGAAGGACCUGAUCAACGGCUACAUCCGGACGGUGGACCGGGCCCUGCGUGACCACAACUGGGCCGGGCUGCCCCGGGAGUACGUGCCCAGAUGAUAGGCCCUGGCCCGCUCGGCCCACCCCGCUGGGAGCCGGCCGCCCCCGCGGGGCUACGCACGUGCUCAAACGCUCGGGUGCCCCCCUGGGAUGCUCGGGCGCCGAUGCCACCUGCAGGGAGGUCCCCCACCCCAGGGCUGCCUGCCUCCCGCACGGGGAGACUGGACGUGAGCCCCGGCCAGGCGGACCCGAUGUCACAGGAUGGACGCAAAGGGACACGCACUCCUAGCCAGACCCGCUUAGACCUGCCGCUCGCUGCUCACGGUGCCCUAACGCGCCUGCGCCACCACCCGGCUGUGCCAGACACGCCCAGACUUGCAGACGCGAACGUUCACGCAGGCGUGCAGACGCCGGGUUGUGCGUUCCUCGGGGCUGCCUGUCCGUCUCCCCCACGCACUGACACACGCGUGCACCCUGGGCUCUCGGAGGCCCCGGGCUUCCUGUUUCCAGCCCAGUGCAGGCUUGCUGGUCAGGGGCUUUGACUGGGGGAUACUGGGCUGGGUGAGCUUAGCGCUCUGAGGAGCCAGGACCCCGGCCUGGAGGCGGGCUCACAGCCUGUGUCCGCCGGGCCAGGCGGCCCUGACCGCGCGCCCGCAUCCCACAGCGUGUGUGGUGUGAUGGCCAGGCGCCGCCAGCUCUGCAGCCCUGCCUCUCCCUUCGCCGGGGGUGCGCUGGUGGCACCUCGGGUAGAGCGGAGCUGCCCACACAAACGCCGCACCUCAGGACCGGCCACAAGUUCUGUGCACCCCCGACCCCCCGUCCAACAUCAGCACUCCUUGAGGUGGGCGCCUCCUUGCCUGGCUUCUUUCUCCGACUGUCCCCGUAAAGCUGGGGGUUCGUGCCAUGUCCCAGAAGCAGGGUGUGGGGGCGAGGAGGCAGCAGGGCAGGGAAGGGGCUGGGCCUCCAGGGGAGCCCUAGACCUGAGGGGUCUGUACGCCAGCAAUGCCAGCAGGAGGGGGCUUGGGGUGGGCAUGGGCAGACCCGGGAGGGAUGAGUCUGGGUGCCACUGGAGCUGGUGGUCCCCCCUGUCUUGACGGGCCCCUGCUCUCCACGGGGUCGCCCCUGGGUUCAUGAGGAAGGGGGGUGGCAUGGCCUGUCAACAAGGCUGCAGCUUCUGUCUGACCCCCACUGGCCCAGCCCUCUCUGUCUCUCUGUUAUUCACCCACCACUUCCUGUCACUGGGCCUCUUUGUCACACCCUCUGUCUCUGUUUUCUGUGAGGCUGACAUCUUUCCCACUCGUUCAUCCAAGAAGGGGAAGGGAACUCCCGGGCGCUGACGCCUGCUGCUGUGUACAAGCCUACGGGCCUCCUGAGAAGGUGCAUUCAUAAGGUCCCCUCCCCUCACUGUCCAGUGGGGACUGGGGAGGGGUUGUCACAAAUGGGAGUGAGAAACCCAGUGACUGAGGAGUGUGUGUGCUGUGCGGGCUCCCAGGGGGUCAGGGAAUGCAUCACAGCGGCUUUGAACUGGUCUUGAGGAACCUGUAGGAAUUCUUCCAGCCACGCAGAGGGGAAGGGUAAUUGAGGCGGAGGGAACAGCAUGUACAAAGGCUCAGAAAACCCUUGUAUGUUUUGCAGAAGAGGUGAGUGGGUGUGGGGCGUGUGUCUCUCUGAGUCUGUGCAGCAGGAGGAUGGGAGUGGGUGGGUGAGGACAGAGGAGGGGACACAGAAAGGGACUCUCCUUACAGCCACUUAGCGCUCAGCCUGGGAGGGGCAGAGGUGCUGAUGCUAAUUACCUUCUUGGGUCGCCCUCUGCUACAUGUCUUGGGCUCAGAAAUGAGGCUGCGGAGACCAGGGGGCUCAGGUCUGGAGGGUGGGGUUGAGCCCAGGAGCACAGCCCAGGACAGCUGAGACCCAAGGCGGGCUGUGGAGAGCUCGGCGGCACAGUGACCCCUGCGAGGGAGGAACGUGGGCAGGCCUGAACUUGGGCAGCCCCUGAGCCCCUCUGCAGCUUCUCCAGGCCUGCGCUGGGCCUGCUGGUCUGACCUCUGCAUCAGGAGGAGAGAAGGGGGUGAGGGGUUUGGGAAAGCCGGGCAUGGGUAUGGCAGACCCUCUGCUUCCUGGCUGGCAGUGGGAGCUGAGGGCCACUCCCAGUGGGGAAGGCAGGGCCCAGAGGCCUGGCGGAGCUGCCCUUCCUCAGAGGGAAGCCUCCCACGCCUUCGGUUUUGCCAGUGAAUGGCCUCGAGUAUCUGUUCCUGGUGGCCUCCAAGUUCUUCCUGAGGCUCCCCCAGACCCACGCUGAUGCCGACGCUGUUUUAGACCCUCCUAAAGCAACACUCGGCUCAGCUCAAAGCUGGAAACGCCAGGGUCUUUAUAAACAAUUACUGAUACAGCAUGGCUCCGUGGCCAGGUCUGUGACGGCCCCUGACGAGGCCGGUUCUCCUGAGUUGUAGGCGUAACUGAAACCCACCAGGAGCUUCCACACUGCCCUGGAAGGGGGCCCAGGGGAUACCUGCAUCCCAGAGCAAACCUGAAGUCUCAUAGGAGACCGUAGCACUGAGUGAUGGAGAAUAGGGAAGCUGGCCUCCUCCGGAGACCGGCUUCCUGGCUCUGGCCCUCACUGUCCUGGCCGCCCAGAUGACCUCCAGGUAGAAGACUCAUAUGCCAGGGAGUCUGUGAAGGGCAGUGGAGCAGCUGAAGGACCGACCAGGACUGCAGCCAGGGAGGGCCUGGCCCCCUGGGCUUCCCCCAUCACCCCGGGGGUCAGGAGAACAGCGGCACCGGCUCGUUCUUCCUGGUAGAUGCGUGAGUCCGUUCCCGGCUGCCAGGUACCCGGAAGCCUCCCCUCCUUCCAGGUGGAGGGUCACCUGCUCAAACGGCCUUGUAGUUUCCUUUGCACCUUAGCCAGGCACGCAGAUGAGUGGAAUGAUGGGAUCAGAGGGCAUCCAGGUCAUGUUGAGUCACUCCACCCAGCAAGGCCCCGACCCCUGGCACGUGCUCCCAGACGCUGGGUAAGGAGGUGCUAAGGCCCCGUGUGUGGAUGGUUCUCAGUAGCCGUCGCCCAGCUCCUGAGAAGCACAGGAAGGGAAUUUGUCCGUCCUUUUGGGAAAGUCCACUUGUCUCUCUCCACGUUAGGUCUCAUCUGUAGCUCUCAGCUUCUCCAUAAAGAGGAUACUGUCCAAACCAGCCACAGAGUAAAAGAGGCUCUGUAUUUAGAAGCGUGACAAAUGCAUCAGGAACCAAUCAGACCAGAACAGGGAAACCCUGACUGUCUACAGAUUCCAACUUUAAUAGUAAGGCUGUGGAGUUAACACAAACCUGUGUUAAAACAUAUAAUUCUCAUGGAUUUUACCUCCCGUUGUGGAUCAAUUUGGAAAAACCAAAAUAUAUAAUUUUAAAAAACUAAAACUCAUUCUGAUAAUCCCAGUGAUGUGUAAAUGAGAGAGAAGAAUAGACAGGCUUCCAAACCCUGGGAAGAAAGCUGCUUAAUUAUGUGAGCAUACUAUAAUGAAGUCUCUUACAGCUAAAAUUACAUUUUGAGUGCAUGAAUAUGCGGUAAUGUUUGCAUACCAGAAUGCAUUUUUUUCCCUUAAAAGUAGCAGGAGCUACUUGGUUCUUAGGGGGUCCCAAGAGGGGAGAUGGAAGAGCUGGGAUUGAUCUUUGUGGUUGCAAGAAUUCUUGGGGCUGAAGUUUGAUUUCUUUUGGCUGGAAAUUUGUUGGAGGUGUUUAAGACGUGAUGCCUCCGAAGUAGUUCAUUAGCGUUUAGGGAGAAAGUGAUUGGUCUGAACCCACCUUGAUGACCACUCAGUGUUUGCCGAGUUGACCUGAACAAGGUUGUUGGUUGCAUUCCCAAUGUUCAUUCCCCCAUUUCCUUUCCCAGCAGACCCUGAUGUCUGUUGGCAGGGGCAGGUUAUGAUCUGCUGGAGCUGUCUCUACCAUCACUUCUGGGGUGGGACGCAUGACCUAGACUAAGCCCACACCACACCCCAUCUCUCUGGCUACAGUGAUUUGUUCAGGUAUGGUCAUAUGAGCUAAGACAAUGGAACCAGAUGGAAUUUCAAGACUUUUUCUGGAAAUGUUUUUAUGCACUCUGUUGGAUGUGAACAAGGAAGUAGGUAAUCCUGGGUCUUGAUGGCAGCCGUCUUGCUAUCCUGGGGCAGGAACCACUCCCAGCAUGAAACUGAUAACUGAAGGGAGAGUCAGGAGGGAAGGAAACCAGGUCCUUGGUGACACUGUUAAGUACAGGAUCUAGCUUUGCCUGUGAUUGGCCCUGCCCGUGGAUGGUUUUGUUACAUGAGCCAAUAUAGUCCCUUUAUUGUUUAAGUUGGGUUGAGUCUGGUUUCCGUUACUUACAACCCAGAGCUGUGUACAAAGGGCUUGGGUUGAGAGGCCCUGGGGUUCUGACAUUCUCCGUCUCUAUGGCUGAAGUAGAUAAAGACGGAGGCUUGGACAAGAAUGAGCUGUCAGGUUAGGAAGUUGCUUUUUACGGGAAUGGGGGUGGGUGUGAAAUCCUCAGUAGGAAGCUGUGCUCUGUCAGCCAGGACAAGUAGCAUUUUUAAGUCAGUACAUUAUGAGGUCACCUGCAUAUCCUGAGAAAAUCAUUCCUCUUGAUUGCCCAGCCCACACUAGAAGUUGUCUCCUUUAACCCUUAACCAAUGCUAUGUGAUUAUCUCCACUUGACAGAUGAGAGGACUGGGAUAGUAUCUGUGAUGAUUAUAAAACUGUGGUCCUGUUCUAUUUACCAUAACUCCUUUCAUGGAGAAUAUGAUGUCGUGUUGGAAGGAAUGCUUUGACAAGUUACUUGGAUUGAGUGUGAGACCCCCUUCGAGGGACAUGUUCAGGUAACAGCUGAUGGGCAGUAAACUGCCUUCAAAGGAGGGUAGGUAUGCUUAGCCCUACCGCUUUGGUUUUGCUGAGUGGGACAUGCAAGCUUGGGGCAAAGCAGAAUCGCUGCCAUUGGCAGAGAGGUGGGAUGAUGCCACUGAGAGUUCCCCUCCUCUGUCUUAACCUCUUUAACCCUACUGUGUGCUAAAAAUUGGAGGGACAAAGGGAGUUAUAUGUGGCCCUUAUCUUCAAACUCUCCUUGGAAAGUCUGACCAUAAUACAGUGUGCAGGACAGAGGUCCAGAAAAUAUGUAGAAGGAGUCAAGAGUCCCAGGAAAUCGAUGUGAGUAUAUUUGUCCCCGGUGCUCCCUUUUGUAACUGAAGAUAGAUUUGGGCCCUCCUGAGAACUUCUACUAUGCAAAAACAUUGCAGAAAUCUGGGUCCCUGCCAUGGGAAAUACGAGCAUAUCUACCCAAAUAACAAACAUAAUUGCUUAUAUAAAAUGAGGGAUCUCGAUAACAAAAAUGAAAACAAUUCCAGUUUUGGGGUUUUUUAAAAAACAUAUGAAAACAAUUCCAGUUGAUGCUGGAUGCAUAAGCAUGAGCUGAAUGAAUGAACUUUCCAAGGUGUCUUCGGUACCCGCAAUAUUCUUUUCAGGUUGAGACAGAUCCAUGGCUUGAUGAUGUAGCCAAUGAUGAUCAAUAACAGUAAAUAGUGUUCUUACAGGUCAGAAAAUGUCACAGAUGUCACCCCACAUGUGCCUCAGUGAGGUGGACAUUAUUUCCAUUUGCGGGGAAGAAAAAUUUAGUUUCUGAGACUGAGUUGCCCGAAGUUCAAAUCCUUUAUUUUACAGAUAAGAAAAGUGAGACUGCGAAUGGGAACGGGUUUCCUACGAGGUUAGGCUGUGAGAAUGGCUGGGGGAACUAGGGCCGGAAUGUGGGCUCCUUCCCCAAAACCACCUGACUGUCCCUGUACUGCAUCCCUAUAACUCUUCAACAAGUUGCUGAAAAUGAGGCAAGUGUGCACAUUCAGCUCCUUUGGAAGCGACUCCAUUCAUUUCACUGCUAAUUCUUUGCCAAGAUACUUCUUGGUGGGCACCUGAGUUCAAUAUUAAGGGCCAUUUAUCAAGCAUCCCCAGUACUUGAAAAUCCGCUCCGAGGGAGCAGGUCUUUCCAAAGGACUGGGGUUAAAGAGAGGGACCGUAACUGGCACAAGAUAGGAGCCCAGAGUUUUCAUCCUAAGCUACAAGCAUCUGAGGCAACAGACAGGCCCUGCUCCUCCAAGAUAUUAAUAGAUAAGCAUCUUUGGCGGACCUGAGCCCAGCAGUCUGUGUGUUUAGGUAUAUGUGUUUGUGCAGCUGUGCGCUCCAGUUGCUGACAGACAGCUGCCCCUUUGAAUCACAUGCCAGCCAUCCUGACCACUACAAGUGACAAGAGCCUGGAUACUUGAGAAGCCAAUCUUCGUCAGGUCUCCUCCAAAAUGGCAAAGAGGAAAAAAUAAAAUCCUCUUAAUAUAAAAUAAUUUUUGUUUAUUCCUUCCAUUCUUCUUUUUUUUUUUAAUUUGAUAAUCAAUUCACCAACAUUUUUUCAUUCACUUGAAAGGCUAUAUUUAUGUAUUUUUUUCACUGGCUUUUAAACCAGUGAAGACAGGAACAGUAUCUAUCUUUGUGACCUCAGCCCUUAGCCCAGGACCUGAUAUGCAAGAGGCACAGGAAACAUUAGUGCAAGGAAGGAGGAUGCAUGAAAAUCUUAAAUCACUUGGCUUGUAAAGUUUCCAGGAAAAUAACAUCUUCCGGGAAAAUCAUACCUCGUUCUUCCUAUUUGUGAGCUAAGGAGAUGUUGCUGAGACACUUGUUGAAUUUUUCCAUGCCCCGUCUGUUGAGAUGCUUGGGGACUGGAUUGAUCUAUAAGCAUUCAGUGCUACAGGUAAAAAAAGGUGAAGAAAUAGGGCAGCCCCCAAAUUCCACUGGAGAGUUGUUUUGAACUGUUACGUAAGUUCCCGGUCAACCAUCUACUCCUGACUCAUAGAGAAGAACAGGAGACAAAUGGGCAGGAUUCUUGUCAAAAGCUCUUCCCUGCAUGUUCAGGUGAACGGUCUAAUGGCGUCAUCCCCACCUUUGCUCCCCAUGGGAGUCUCCACUGCCGAUGGAUGCCAUUCUUGUUUGCCUUGGGACAGGUAGCUUCUCUACCUCCUCCAGAUCUGCAGCUCAUUCCUUAAUUAUUAAACCUCUAGCAAAACUUUUUUCUUCUAAAUAAAAACCUCCUUUCUAUUGGAGGCUCUGAGGUAUAGCACACAGAACACCCCCUUACCCUGCCUUUUUCUCCUGAGAGCAAUAGAAGAGGAAAAGUGUGUUUGGAUGGGUGGCAAGAGAGGGAAGGAUGGAGGGGAUAUCACUUCUUGAUACCAAGGAGAACCGUCCUGGUCCCCACAUUCAGCCUGGCAGGGAACCACCAAGUCAGGAAAACUCUGGCCAGACAUCCUAAUGGGAUGGUCCACUCCAUGGGCUCAACCAUGAAACCAGCUCUCAGCAUAAUCCAUUACUCCCUGUUCCGCCCAGGCUUCCCCUGUUCCAUGGCCACAUUAACCUCCAUCAGAUAAUUAAGGGCUUGGCUUUCCAUGAGAGGCCUUAAAUGUCACCUUUCUGCCACCCAAUACGUCUUUGAAUGACACAGACGCUAAUGAGAUGUUCAAAUAUAGAAAACUGAAUGACUCCUUGCCUUCAUCGUGACAUUUAUUCAGCCGGAGUGGUCUGACUACACCACUACAUUACUUAUAAUUUCCACCUGACCUUGGGUGGUGGAGUGUAAUCUUUAAGGAAACUAUCCAUUUAUUCUCCCUCACCUUAUUAGCAUUUAAUUACUAUGACAAAUUUUCAGAUGUACCAAGCAUGUUAGGAUUGUAAUUCAAUUUUCCCUUCAAACGGCCCAGUAGCCAAGGACAGUAGGACCAUGUCGGACACCACUGAGUUCUGACUGAGGAAGCAUCCUGGACCUAACUUCGUCUCCUGCCCCUCAGAGCACCAAGCAGGGCUUAUCCAACCAUGGCUGCCCCGUCCAAGGACCCUCUGCCCAAACCUUCUCUCUCUGUCUUUCUCAUCACUGGGCUGAGGUUUUUUUUGCUGCUCAGGGUCAGGCCAAGUCAUGGGGCCAGGAAGACGAUGUUUGAUGCAAAGGCUGCCAGCAAACCCUCAGCUCUGACAGCUGCACGUUUCCAUAAGUGAAACAUUUUAUGCAGAUUUUUGAUUGCAGAAGAACAGCAGAUGGAAAUAAUCCAGAGACACGCUCAUGUAUUCUCACUCCUUUAAACACCCACAUUCUGUUUUUGUGAAUUACUCUGCCAUUUUCCCACAGAAAUGCCCUGUGUGAUACCUCUUGCAUGUCCUAACCCCAUAAAUCACUGAGCUAGUCCUCGGCUGUGGAGAAUAAGACAACUCUGGGGAGGGGAAAGCUCACCAGACCUGGGAUCUGCAGGAUUUGGGCUCCAGAACUGUCUGGGCCACUAACCAUGCAUCCAUCUGUGGAAGAUUCCGUCCCCUUCUCUAUCACUCAAACAUGGAGGUGGAGGUGACAUCUGGGUUUAACCUCACGACCUUGUCUUCCCAGCCAGAGUUCACUGGGACUCUCUAACCCGAGCUGGGGUGAUCCGAUUCUCUCUUUUGGUCACUUGGACUUUGGCCUGAGAGACACAAGCCUGUCUGCCAGGUGUGUGAAAUGACACCACGGGAGCGUGGGGUCCAUGGAGCAUGGGCGCCGGCACGCACAAGGUCUCUGCAGAGAGAACAAUGGGCGAUGUCAUUGUCCUGGGAGAAGGAGAACCUAGGAGUAAAUACCCCAGAGGGAGACGAGACGGUAGCUGUUAAUAUUAAGGUUAAAUGAAAACCAAAACACAAGACAAAAGUUAUGCACCUAAUCCAAUCACUACCCUCAUUUGUCCAUAUAGUUUUCUCGUCCCUUAUCAUAUGCUAAUUUAAUGUUUUACCUAUGUGAACUAAUGUAGACGUUUACUUUCCUUUUUAUUUAGCAUUAUAUUACGAACAUUUUCCCAUUUUGCUAUAGUCUUUUUUAUAUCUUUCCCCCCACCAAUUUCCUUUCUUUUCAAACUUUCCUGUCCUGCCCCCAAUAUAGUCCCAAUAGUGACAGUCUGGUGUAAUCCAUUCACACUCUUCUCUAUAUUCCUAUGAAUAUGUAAAAGCAUGUGUGUGUGUGUCUCUAUACCUAUAUCCAUAUAUCUAUAUCUGUGAAUAUAGUGCAUCAUUUGGUGGAAGAUAAAAAGGAAGAACAAUCUGCAUUGUAUAAUCACAUUUUUGCAAAAUCAAAGGAUGGCCCCCAAAAUUCAAUUUCACUCUUUUAGGAAGGUAGCAUAAUAUUCUCUAGUAAGGAUCUCCAAAACAGGGUGCAUACACCCCAUUGGCACAAGGAAAAAGUAUUCAAAGUUUUAUCUCUAUUUUUAUCUCAUCUUUUUAAAAUAUCUAUUUUGUAUUUGUUUAUCCUACACUUAAGAUAUUCAUACAUGCAAAUAAAUAUCCGUAUUUUGGA